AUGGCUGAGUCUGGUCCGCUGAUAUUCAACGGGAAUGUAGCCGAAAGUUGGAGACGUUUUGUGCAAAAAUAUGAAGUGUUUAUAGCUGCUGCAUGUAGCACAAAAGCAAAGAAAACUCCAGCAUAUAUUUUGCUAAACUUGGCCGGAGGAGAAGCAAUUGAACGAGAAAAGUCAUUUACUUAUGAAGGCGAAA